CUUGUUUAUCUCCGACGCAACCAAUAUUCUUCGAUCACAGAAGCUCGGUCGCCGGCUCGGGGCGGUCUUCAUCCAAAGAUUCAGUUUUCACGAGAUGGCAACGGAGGGUGGGAAAAGCUUUGCCAGGAGAGACCGUCUCCUUGAAAUUGAGGCAAAGGUUAGGACUUGGUGGGAUGAGAAGGAUGUGUUCAGGGCUGAACCUGGAGAAUCUCCUCCAGCACCUGGGGAAAAGUUCUUUGGGAACUUUCCUUUUCCUUACAUGAAUGGUUUUCUGCAUCUGGGGCAUGCAUUUUCGCUCACCAAGCUUGAAUUUGCUGCGGCAUACCAUAGAUUGAGAGGUGCCAAUGUUCUGUUGCCUUUUGCUUUUCACUGCACUGGUAUGCCUAUUAAGGCUUCUGCUGAUAAACUUGCUCGAGAGAUCCAACUGUUUGGAAACCCACCCGUGUUUCCCGAUGAGGUGGAGGAGCCAUCAAAUGCCAAAGAGGAAUCUCAGGAAGCAAAUGAAGGUGCCCCUGAUAAAUUUAAGGGGAAGAAGUCUAAGGCAGCAGCAAAAUCAGGUGGGCAGAUGUUUCAGUGGGAGAUCAUGAGGAGUUUUGGUCUUUCGGACAGUGAGAUAGCUAGGUUCCAGAACCCUUAUGAAUGGUUGAAAUUCUUUCCUCCAUUGGCAGUGGAAGACCUGAAGGCAUUUGGGUUAGGUUGUGAUUGGAGAAGAUCAUUUGUCACCACCGAUAUGAAUCCCUUCUUUGACACCUUUGUAAGGUGGCAGAUGAGGAAGUUGAGAGCAAUGGGCAAGAUAGUUAAAGAUGUCAGGUACACUAUUUACUCGCCCUUAGAUGGGCAGCCGUGUGCAGAUCAUGACAGGGCAACUGGUGAAGGAGUUCAGCCCCAAGAGUACACUGUUAUCAAGAUGGAGGUUAUGAAGCCUUUCCCUCCUAAGCUGGGGCCUUUAGAGGGGAGAAGAGCGUUCUUGGCUGCUGCAACAUUGAGGCCUGAGACAAUGUAUGGGCAAACUAAUGCUUGGGUGUUGCCUGAUGGGAAAUAUGGAGCUUUUGAAAUUAAUGAAACUGAUGUGUUUAUUCUCACAGAAAGAGCUGCCCUUAACCUUGCUUAUCAAAAUUUCUCCAAGGUGCCUCAGAAACCAACAUGCUUGGUUGAGCUGACUGGUUAUGAUCUUAUUGGCCUUCCUUUAAAAUCUCCUCUCGCAUUCAAUGAGCCCAUUUUUGCUCUUCCAAUGUUGACCAUUCUGACAGAUAAAGGUACUGGAAUUGUGACCAGUGUUCCUAGUGAUGCACCUGAUGAUUAUAUGGCUCUACAUGACUUGAAGGCAAAACCAGCUUUGCGAGGGAAGUAUGGUGUGAAGGAUGAGUGGGUGUUGCCCUUUGAGAUUGUACCCAUCAUCAAUAUUCCAGAACUAGGAGACAGGGUAGCUGAAAGGGUCUGUAUUGAUCUGAAAAUUAAAAGCCAAAAUGACAAAGAGAAGCUUGCAGAAGCAAAGAAGUUGACAUACUUGAGAGGAUUCACGGAGGGAACAAUGCUUGUUGGGGAAUUUGCAGGGAAUAAGGUCAAUGAAGUUAAGCCAUUGAUAAGAACCAAGCUUAUUGAGACUGGCCAGGCAAUAAUGUACAGUGAGCCUGAGAAGAAAGUAAUGUCGAGGUCUGGCGAUGAAUGUGUUGUUGCACUUACAGAUCAGUGGUACAUCACAUAUGGAGAACCAGAAUGGAAGAAGUUAGCAGACGAGUGCUUGUCUAACAUGAGUCUGUACUCUGAUGAGACUCGUCAUGGCUUUGAGCACACUUUAGGUUGGUUGAACCAGUGGGCUUGCUCUCGUUCUUUUGGGCUUGGGACACGAAUUCCUUGGGAUGAAGAUUUCCUUGUGGAAUCAUUAUCUGAUUCAACCAUUUACAUGGCUUAUUAUACUGUUGCUCACAUCUUACAAAAUGGGGACAUGUAUGGAAGCCUUACUAAUGGAGUGAAACCUACCCAAAUGACUGAUGAGGUUUGGGAUUUUCUCUUCUGUGGAGGUCCUUAUCCUAACUCUUCUGAUAUACCGUCCUCUAUUCUUAAUAAGAUGAAGCAAGAGUUUGAGUACUGGUAUCCUUUUGAUCUCAGGGUCUCUGGGAAAGACCUCAUCCAGAAUCAUUUGACUUUUUCCAUAUAUAACCACACAGCAAUCAUGUCCAAGCAGCAUUGGCCUCGCGGGUUUAGGUGCAAUGGGCACAUUAUGCUCAAUUCUGAGAAGAUGUCCAAGUCUACUGGAAAUUUCAGGACACUUCGCCAGGCCAUUGAGGAAUUCUCUGCUGAUGCCACGCGCUUCUCUCUGGCUGAUGCCGGAGAUGGUGUAGAUGACGCAAAUUUUGUGUUUGAGACUGCAAAUGCUGCAAUCUUACGACUUACUAAGGAGAUUGCAUGGAUGGAAGAGGUUCUAGCCGCAGAAUCAUCUUUGAGGACUGGUCCCCCCUCCACAUAUGCUGAUAGAGUUUUCGAAAACGAGAUAAACAUUGCUGUUAAAAUGACUGAGCAGAAUUACAAGGAUUAUAUGUUUCGGGAGGCUCUAAAAACUGGGUUUUAUGAUCUUCAAGCUGCAAGGGAUGAAUACAGGUUCUCUUGUGGCAGUGCCAGCAUGAAUCAUGAUCUGGUAUGGCGUUUUAUGGAUGUGCAGACUCGUCUUAUUGCUCCAAUAUGCCCUCACUAUGCUGAGUAUGUCUGGCGGGAGCUUUUGAAGAAGGAAGGUUUUGUAGUUAAAGCUGGCUGGCCUACUGCUGAUUCCCCUGAUCCAACCCUUAAGAAAGCCAAUAAAUAUUUGCAAGACUCCAUUGUUUUGAUGAGGAAGCUGCUUCAGAAACAAAUUUUAGGUUCCAAGAAAGCCAACAAAAAGGGGGCUCCUGUUACAUCUCUUACUGAGGAUAAGUUAAAGGGUCUCAUAUAUGUUAAUGAGCAGUUUGAUGGUUGGCAAGCAGAAUGCUUGAGGAUACUCCAAAGCAAAUUUGACAACAACACAAAUACUUUUGCUCCAGAUGGGGAGAUUUUGAAGGCAUUACAGAAUGGUAGUGUUGGUCAGUCUACAAACUUCAAACAGACCCAGAAGCUUUGUAUGCCAUUCUUGAGAUUCAAGAAGGAUGAAGCAAUUAAACUUGGGGUUCAUGCCUUAGAUUUGAAGCUUCCAUUUGGAGAAAUUGACGUCCUUCAGGAGAACUUGGACUUGAUUAAGAGACAACUUGGUCUUGAAGAGGUGGAAGUUUUGUCUGCAACUGAUCCUAAUGCCUGUGCAAAAGCUGGUCCUCUUACCUCUCUAUUAAAUCAGAAUCCUCCAGCUCCUGGAAAUCCAACUGCGAUCUUUUUGACAAGGUAAAACAGAACAUUGAACUUAUUCUAUAAUGUUAUAUUAUAUCUUGACGGCAUGCUCUUGUUGGACUACUUGAAUGGACUUGUUUUGUUUUGUGUUUCCUUUUAUGAAAAUUUUUUGCUUCUAGUGUUCCUUCUUUCAUGAACAUUCCUUCUUUUUGUCCCUUCUCUGUUUCUUUGUUUAGAACUUACCACCUAUGAAAUUAAAAGAUACUAGUACUUUAAACCUGGUCGAUGACUAGGUAUUGUUUUUGUAAUCGUUUAUAUGCAAUAGUGCAUGGGGUGUUUGUAUUAACCCCUUAAAUGGAGUUUGUAGUUGAUAAUUUAUAUUUGACAAUUAAUUGUCAUCAAAGUUUAUAAUUUAAAAUUUUUACUUUGUUUCAUUAAGGUUUUUUUUUAAUCGAUAAUUUAAAUAUUUUUAAUAAAUGUAUGUUAGUAGACAUGGUAUUUCAAGUAAGAACAAUUUAAUAAAUUGAUUGGGUAUCAUCUCGACUGGGUGACAUGUUUUGAUUGUUGAUUGAAAGUUAUUUAAUUAAAGUAGUUUUGAUUUAAAUUAAUAAUAUUAUGGGUAUAAAAAGAAGCAAACGAUCCUUAAGUAUGAAACUAUCUAGGAAAAAGAUUAUAUGCAGAAGCUAUAAACUUAUAGGAGAAGAGAAUUAGCAUUGUAAGUUACUGUUCUUUUUCAUUUUGGCCUACCAUUAUUACGGUACAGUUUAUUUGAGUAAUACAAAUCAUAUAUUUGG